CAUCGGGUCAGGCAGCGUACGUCCUCGAAUGAGGCCGUGCUCAUGAAUAUUAAUGAGACGCUGCUCUUCGAGCGGAGACACACAAGUACGCAUGCCCCACCCCUAGAGGGAGUGUGCUGCUCAACAACAAGCACCAGCAAUAUGGCCGACCUAGGUAAGAAGUACUGCGUUUAUUGUCUGGCCGACGUGACAAGCUUGCGCCUCCGUUGCACCGAGUGCCAGGACAUAGAGCUUUGCCCCGAGUGCUUCUCUGCAGGAGCCGAAAUUGGCAGCCACCGGCGAUGGCACGGGUAUCAGUUGGUGGAUGGCGGGCGCUUUACUCUUUGGGGUCCAGAAGCAGAGGGAGGCUGGACCAGCAGGGAAGAGCAGUUGCUGCUCGAUGCAAUCGAGCAGUAUGGCUUUGGGAACUGGGAGGACAUGGCGGCACACGUGGGGGCCUCCCGCACUCCUCAGGAGGGGAUGGACCACUAUGUCAGCAUGUACAUCCACGGCAACCUGGGCAAAGCCUGCAUCCCAGACAGCAUCCCCAACCGGGUGACGGACCACACCUGUCCGAGCGGUGGACCCCUUUCUCCGAGCUUGACCACCCCUUUACCGCCGCUCGACAUCUCCAUCGCUGAGCAGCAGCAGCUGGGCUACAUGCCCCUCCGGGAUGACUAUGAGAUUGAGUACAGCCAGGACGCGGAGACGCUGAUCAGUGGCCUCUCGGUCAACUAUGACGACGACGAUGUGGAGAUCGAGAUGAAGCGCGCUCACGUUGACAUGUACGUGCGCAAGCUGAAGGAGCGGCAGCGGCGCAAGAACAUCGCCCGUGACUACAACCUGGUGCCGGCCUUCCUGGGCCGGGACAAGAAGGAGAAGGAAAAAGACAAACCUGUGACAGGAACCGGAGCGCCUCCCGUGACUCCCAUUGCAACGGCAGUGGGAACCAAGCGCAAGAUCACCAAGGAGGAGAAGGAGCAGAGGCUUAAGCUGCGGCCACUUUAUCAGUUCAUGGCAUGCCGCCAGUUAGAGGAAUUCUUUGAGAACUUGCACAAGGAGCGAGUGCUGCGGGCCAAGAUUCGAGAGCUGCAGCGUUACCGGCGCUGUGGCAUCAACAAGCUGGAGGAGACUGCCGAAUACGAGGCGGCCAGACACAAGCGGGAGAAGCGCAAGGAGAACAAGACGAUGGCCCAGUCCAAGCGGGGGGGUGCCUCAGGGGGGGCAGGUGGCGGGGGCGGUGCUGGUGCUUGUGCUGGUGGCGGUGGAGGAGGAGGAGGAUGCAAGGAAGAGUGCAAGGACGGUGAGUUUGGGGCCAUUGAGAACCUCUCUGGCUUCGAACUGCUCUCUGACCGGGAGAAGGUGCUCUGCAACUCCCUGAACCUCAGCCCCACGCGCUACCAGACUGUCAAAACCAUCAUCAUUAAGGACCACCUGCAGAAGCGCCAGGGCAUCCCCUCCAAGAGCCGCCUCCCCAGCUAUCUGGACAAGGUCCUCAAAAAGAGGAUUUUGAACUUUCUCACCGAGAGUGGCUGGAUUUCCAGGGAUGCCUCGUGAUUGUCUAACUUGUAGGAUAUCAGUUUAAUUUUGUUUUAUUAUUAUUAUAUUUUAUUUACAAAUAUUUUACUUUUUUUUUUUUCCCAUCGGUGACUUCCAUGUGUUUCAAAUGGGCCAAAUAACUUUUUUUUUUUUUUUAAGGUGAAUCACUUGGGUGUGCUAUUUUUAUACACUUUAAUGACAAAAAUGGGCAUUUAUGCAAUUAACCUCGCCUCCCCCCACAUCCCCAUCUUUAGAAAAGCAGAGCUUUUAUAUAAACAAAAAGAAAACCAGCUGCCUGAGAGAGACUGUUGUGAGUUGUUGCUGAAAGUGACAAUGUGAAUUUCUACAUGACAGCAAAGUGCAAAGGGACCUUGCUUUUAACACUGAGGAGUCAUUGGGGCUCUAAACUAGUAACUGGUGAAGGAAGUCCAGAAAAAAUAAAACUUUUAAUUGGUUUGCAUAAGUUUUUCCUUUACACCAACAGAAUCAGUUUCACUGCGCAAAAACAAAUCACAAAUGACAAACAUCAUGCAUGACAUCCAGCUGCAGGUGUUUCGGUUACACCUAGUCAUAUGCCAGAAUUAAAUAUACUGGCUGCUCACUUGUCUAGUAGUAAACCAAAUUUGACUGGCAUAUUCCAAGGCUGAUCUUGGUAUUUCCAUCUGUGAAUAUGUUUAUAUUUUGUGUAUGUAGUAUGUUAUUACAGGCUACAGAUUGCUGUAUAUUUUGUUAGAUGUCUGUGUUCUGAUUAACUUAAGUAGUCUGCAUGUAAAGGCAAGUGCAUUAUAAUGCAGACUUAACAGUUCUGUAGUAUAUUCACAGCUACAGUAAACCCUUUUUAUUAUUACUCUGAUGUGAAUUUCACAUCAAAAGGCAUUAUACACUAAAAUCUGGAACACAGUGUUCAAAUAGUUACAGUUGUAGUCAGAAUUGUUGUGACACAGUAUUUGUCUUGGGUAUUUAUCAGUGCUCAGCUUGUAUAAUGCACUGUGUGCAUGUGGGAAGAGUCGGUGUUUGUGCAGUUCUGGAACAGGAAUUUUACAGUACAGUAACUGUUGAAACGGAAUGUAAAGCUAAAAUAGGAAUCCACACAGAUAAUUGGAGUUGAAUUGUUUUACAAAGCUAAUAUAUUUCUGAUAACCUUUAUAAAAACAUUCUUACAAGGGUUUACCAUAACAGCAGAUUUCUGAAGUUGCUUGAAAGCCCUGCUCUAAUGUGUAUUUGCAUUACAGUAGCAUAAAUGAAAAGUGCGAAAACCCUACUACUACAAAAAAAUAUAUAUAUUUUAGUGAUAUCUGUAUUUAUAUCGUAAUUAUUAAACUGACUAACGUGUUACAUCAUCCAUCGUCUUCCAGUUGUAGUGCAGGGUAGGAUUUAAGAAUAGGCAAGUUGACUUGACUUUCAGCGAGUUAUGGGUUGGGCUGGGAUUAUCUGGCUGUUGGUCCUUAGACUUAACCAAUAGACCACACUUCCUAUCAAUAUCAGCAGAAACAAUGAAUACAACUGAAUAAAAUGUGAAGAUCAGUAGUAGUAAUUCCUGAGUCCCAUGUGCAAUAUUCCUUUAGGCCAAGGACAAAAUGACAGCUAUUUGCUGCCAAUGCAUAAUUGGUAAGACAAAUAAUCAAAUCACUACUGUAACUUUGAAUGGCCUUCUUUGAGAAUGCACAAGUAGCACCUGCUGGUUUUGCAUUCAUGUUUAGUAAGGAUUUGGGAAAGAAGGUUGGUUUAUUUCUGUCCAAGUAUAGCCUCAAAGGUAUGAACAUGCACUGAUUGUUAAAUGUUUUGCAUCUGUAGGACACAGACUAUAACAUUUGCGCUGGGUUUAGUCGGGGGUAUUGCUGCUUAUCUGGCUCUUUUGGGAUCUUUACAGUGUAUACAUUAUGAUAAGGGAGAUUUAUUUCAGCAUUCAGUCAGCAAAAGAAAACAACAUUUUAAAUGCAAUACAAUUUGCUUGGUAUACUAAUUUAAAUACCAGCAUUUAUACCACCUGCUUUGCAAAUGUGUGGGCUAAACAAAAUACUAAUUAUUAUUAUUCUUUUUAUAGUGUACUAGUCAUUAGGCAUAGAUGAUGGUGGCGCAAUUUAAAAAGGGAUGUGUCGGUAAAGCUUCCAUUCUGCAUUCUUGGUGCUCGGUAUGUUUUAUUUAAUUUACUUUUAUUAAAUUAGUCUUGCACCAUUAAAAGCCGAAAAAGUCGAGGAACGGUGUAAAUCUACAUGCUGGCAGUUUUAUUGGGUGAAUGUUAGACCGGAGGGUCAUAUGCAGUGCAAGCUGCUUGCAGCAUCAGUUCAAUGGGAUAUUUGGUCUCUUCUAAACCAGAUUUAAAACUGAAACCACAGAGGUGAACGAGGGACAGUUAACUUUGCUACCCAUCUCCCUGAGUUUUAAUUAUUUGUAAAUAUGCAUGCUUUCAAGGCAAUACUUUCACAAGCUGCAUGAGUUUGAUUUGUACUUAAGAGUAUUUCAAAACCAACAGCCAGUGGCUGAAUGCAAGCAACAGACUGCUUUUCAAACACAAACGCUUCACAGUAAGCUUUCAGGAGAAAAAACACUGUAGUACCAAAACUAAUAAAGUUGUUGGAGAAGGUCAAAUUAGCAAACAGUCGGUGGGGUGGGGGGAGUGUAUCUGUGUACCACAGUUUUUAUUUUUUUAGUUCAAAAGGUAAGUGUCAUUGUUGGUUGGAGAUUCCGUCAAAAAAUUUAUUUUACUAUCUGGUUUAUUUUAAACUUUGACGUGUUAACAUUAAUGUUCAUUCACUUUUGUAUGUUGUUUCAUGGGGAUUUGUUAAAUAUUUUAGCAAUUGUAAAUAUUUUUUUUGUAAAAUAAGAAAAACAAGGUAUAAAUGCUAACCUUCUGUGAAAUGUAAAGUAUUUUGUUCCACAAAUUUAUUUUUUAACUUUUUGUAAAAAAACAAACAAAACAAAAACACAGAUUUGAAAGUAAAAGCCCUCCGUGUACUGUAGUUUCAGUCUGAGCAUGCUGUGAAACUGUUCCUUUUGUAGCUAGAGUAGGAAAUGUAACAUUUGUAGAUAGAUACUGUUAAUGUUUAAGUGGAGGGUUUUAUUCAGUGUCUUGCAAUUAGUGAAUUCACAUUCAGUUACUGGUGUGUGUGUGUGUGAUUACAUUUGUUUUGUUAUUAAAGUGCACAUACUUUAUCUAGCUCUUGUUUGUUUCAAUACCAAUCACUCCCAGUUGGGGCUCACACACACAUUUCCUUUUCUGGGGCAUGAGGAGUCUGAUUUCCAGACCGAUACCCUAAACUAAAGGGCUGUUCACACUAACGUUUAUUCACUGUGUUUUUUACGACUGCUAGUUUUGUAUUCAGAAUUGCGCCUCAAAGAUGACAGGCAAGGUGGGGGAAGGUCUGAUUAUAACAGUGCAGAAUAUAUUGUUCUUUAUGAUAAGCAGCACAAGAAAUAUCUUGAUAAAAAAUACAAACAGAAAUUAUGGUAAAAUAUGAGGAAAUCGAAAAGUAAGCACUAUUGGUAUGCUAAA